AUCGAGGGGGUUCUCCGCCUUCGCCAUGUCGCUUCUGGCCGACGCCCUCGCCUGCUGGCGGCCUUGGGACUCGGCGCUGAGGGGUCCGGCGCGGCGUGCUCCCGAGGCAGCCUGCUCGCCGAGCAGAGUAGCGGAGGCGUCGCGGGCGAGGCCUGCGGACCGCGAGGGCACCAGGGCCGCGGUGGCGGUGCAGCCUGCCCGCCUCGCGAUCAGCCGGGCGGCGCCUGGCGCGGCCGACGGCGGCGCGGCCUCGCCGCGGAAGCCCGACGGGCUCGGCGCGGGCCUCGACGGCGAUGAGUCGUCGGCGAGCACGCAGUCGGCGACCACGCAGGCCAGCUCCUCCGGGCCCUCGGCGGCCUCGCCGACGGCGCCCAGCCCGCUCGGCACGGGCCUCGAUGGCAGCCUGUCCUUGACGGGCCUCGACGACAGCUGGGCGCCGACGAGCACGGAGCCCAGCUGCUUGGAGCCUUCGGAGGCCUCGCCGGGGGAGCUCGGCAGGCUCGGCGCGAGGCUCGGCGACGGCGACGCCUCGCCGCAGAGCUCGGAGGCGAGCGCAUCCUCGGGGCCCUCGCGCCCGGGAUGCGGGCGCCAGUGCCUCGCCGGCUGCGGCGGCGCGCGCCCCGUGCAGGGCCCCGCCAGCGGGGGGAGGCCCACCGCCGCCGCCCGCGGGAGGGGCGAGACCACGCUGCGGGGCGGGGUGCUCGGCGACUUCUGCGUCGUCAGGACCGUGGGCAGCGGCUUCCUGGGGUCCGUCCGCCUCGUCGUGCGCGCCGGCGGCGGAGAGCCCGCGCCCUUCGCGCUCAAGGUCAUGAAGAAGAGGGAGGUGCUGAGGAGGAGGCAAGUGGUGCACGCGCGGCAGGAGAAGGAGCUGCUCGGCAAGGCCGACCACCCGUUCAUCGUCAAGCUGUUCGGCACGUUCCAGGACGAGGCGCUUCAUAAUGGCGCUGGCAUGUUCUACGCGGCCGAGAUCAUCUUGGCGAUUGGCCACCUUCACGGUAUGAGCGUCGCCUACCGAGAUCUGAAGCUGGAGAACGUUCUCCUCGAUUCUUGCGGCCACGUGAAGCUGGUGGAUUUUGGCUUCGCGAAGGUCGUGCGCACGCGCACUUACACGAUGUGUGGAACCCCAGACUACCUUGCGCCAGAGAUCAUCAACAGGACGGGCCACGACAAGUGCGUGGACUGGUGGGCCCUGGGCGUGCUCGUCUACGAGAUGCUGGUGGGCCACGCGCCGUUCCGGGGCGCCACGGCCACCGCGAUCUACCAGAAGGCGAUCUCGGUUCAGCCAGAGUUCCCUUCUGGCCUCACAGAGAACGCCCGGAGCCUGAUCGCGGGGCUCUUGACCAAGUUGAAGAGACGCCGCUUGGGCGCCGGCAGGGGCGACGCCGAGGAAGUCAAGGGCCACCAGUGGUUCGAGUCGGUGCGCUGGGCCAGGGUCCUGCAGAAGCGGUACUCCAGGGCACCCUGCUCGGAGACUAGAGCUCUGCAGUGGCGAAGCAUGGAGCCGUCCAACGCCAUGCUGCUGGCUUUCAUGAAGGGAAUGGACAGGAAUGUUGAGGACCAGCUGACGCUCACCAGGACCGACGUCAAUAGAGUCGAUGGCAAGGCGGACAUGGCUCUGGCGGCCUCCAAUCAUGCGGAGAUGGGGGCCAAUGAGGCCAUGAAAAUUGCGAGGGAUGCCGCUGCUGGGUUCAGGCCAGUGUCGAAUCCCCGUGUUCUCAACCUCUGGAUGAUGCACCAGUCUAUGGAGCAGAAGGCAGUUACUUCACUUUUCGUGUUUAUGGUUGCAGCCAUGAGCAAAGCUGAAGGCAGGAACAGGAAGCUCAUGAUCGUGCUCCUUCAGAACGAAAUCAGGUUGCCUGGUCCAGAGGGCAACAGGCCAGCGGUCGCCAGAAUCAACAGGGACGGGAGGCCGACACUCAUCAAGGACAACUUUCCGGAGGAGCUCAAGGCGUCCCCGAUGGUCAAGGGAUGUCUAGAACCGCUUAGCGACGAGAUUGAGUGGGACAUCCUACUCCUGCGAGAAUUUGUUGGGCAGAAAGUUAUGUUCACAGUUUUCUGCGUGGUCAUUGCGUUGUGGCAUCUCCUGGAGAUCUCCAAGUACGUGGCUGUGCAAUGGUGGUUCGUCGUAGACAUGCACGUUCGUUUUGUGGAUGCGGCUCGUGCCAGCGCGGGCGACAUAUACGCGCUGCUCACCCUGGAGUGUUGCCACGACGCAGCAUGGAGGACAAAGAAGCCGAUCGGGCGGACGGUCCAGUGCCCAGAAAAGUGCGUCGAGACGGGGAACAGGCCCGCGACGCCGAUCCAUGUGAUGCUGCCCGCCAAGAAUGCUAAGGUCACCGACCCGAUUUGGACCGUCAAGCAGGCGUGGCAGCCGCGCCGUCGCAACAAUGUAGCCGACCACAUUGCAAACCACGCCCUCGAGAGCAAAGUCUCGUGA